GAAUUUCACCACCACCAAAGUCAAUUGCAUAUAUUUUUCGAGCAAAACAAACAUCUAGAAAUUCACAUUCAAAGAAUUCUCUGUCCUCAAUUGAAUAUAUUAACAUUAAUAUACCUGUUAAUAGUGUUUAACCAAAGUCGUUUGUGAACAACGCACUCAUAUUAAACAAGUGUUUUUAAUCAAUUUUUGGAUAUACAUAAAAUAAAUUAUUUCUGACAUCAAUUUGGUCAAAUUAAAUAAAAAAAAUUACAUUCAGUGCUUAUCAACCAGACAUACAAGAAAGGAAAGUGUAUUUCGAAAAUAGCCAAAAUGGAUGCAUUUCAGCAACAAUUUACAAGAUUCACUAAUGGCCUUAACCAGAAAUACGAACCCUAUGUCCAGCAACAUCUUGCUAAAGUUUACAUGAUGUUGGGUGGAACAUCUGCUGUGACAGCCAUCGGUUCUAUACUGCAAAUGAAACGUUAUGUCGACUUGGGAAUACUGGCAGCAUUGGGUACUUUGUUCUUAGUUUUGGGUUUACAUUUCUAUCGUGACAAUGGCAAAAAUUACUACACACGCGUUGCUAUGUUGUAUGGAUUUGGUUUCUGUUCCGGACAAACUCUUGGACCACUAUUGAGCUAUGUUGUCAGCGUUGAUCCAUCAAUUAUCGUUACAGCAUUGGUGGGAACAUUUAUAACCUUUGCAUCGUUGUCCAUAGCAGCACUUUUGGCUGGACGUGGCCAAUAUCUAUUUUUGGGAGGCAUUUUGAUUAGUGUGAUCAAUACAAUGACACUAUUGAGCAUUCUAAAUAUCUUCUUCAAAUCAAUGUUUGUGCAGAUGGCUCAACUUUAUGUUGGUGUUAUUGUUAUGGCCGGAUUCAUUCUUUUCGAUACCCAAAAUAUUGUUGAGAAAGUUCGUUAUGGCAACCGGGAUGUCGUACAACAUGCAUUGGAUUUGUUCUUUGAUGUGCUGAGCAUGUUCAGACGCUUGCUAAUUAUUCUGACACAAAAGGAGGAACGUAGACGUGAAAAUGAACGCAAACGUCGCUAAAUAAAACUCAGGAGCAUGGGGUUUUUCUUGGGUCGACACGAAAGGCUGAUGGGUCAUGGUUAUCAAUCUACAUCCAUUGUCUGUAGUUGGAACUCAUAUUUGUUAUUAUUGGGCACACCUCUAAUUCUAAAUUUAAGACUUUUCAUUGCAUUUUGGAGAGGACUUUUAUUACAUAGUCAAUAUUUUCGUUAAACAUGUAAUUUAUUAACAACAUCAAUAAAAAACAUAAGACAUCUAUAUUAACAUACAAAAUAA